GAUGACAAGAUAUUCAUCAGCUGUUUUUGUUGUCAAACAGGUCGCAGGUCUAUUUAAAUUAAAAGUUAUUGAGUGUUCCCAUUAUUGUUUGUAAAUGUGGCAAGUUCUUAAAAUUUUACCAUCAUAUAAAAUUAGAAGAUAUAUAACACUUCUCAUGAAUAUAUUAACAAUACUUUAAUAUUUUUGUAAUUUAGAAUGCAAAUUUUAGAUCAAUGUUUACAAUUCAUAAAAGAUUACAUAGUUAAUUUUGUUGAUAUUGAUUAUUCCAUUUGGUUAACAUGGUGUUUAAUGCCUUUACUAGUAACCUUUUUGUUGCCUGUGAUAAUAGCCGUUUUAUUAUACAUAACAGCUUUUGUGCUAUACAUUUACAAACUGCAUUGGAGUUGUUUAAAAACGGCCUUAAGAACAGGUGAUAAAUGGGAAGCUGCUAGAAAAUGUGUUGCAGCAAUUUGGGAUGCUCAUGGCUGGAUAUGGCACGGUUAUGAGAUACAUGGCUUAGAAAAUCUUCCUAUAUCUGGACCAGUUUUAUUUAUCUAUUAUCAUGGGGCUAUACCAAUAGAUCUUUACUAUUUUUUAGCAAAGAUGCUUUUAUCAAAAUUCGGUUUGGUCCAUACUGUGGCAGAUCAUUUUCUAUUCAAAAUACCAGGCUUUAAUAUAUUGGCAGACUGUAUGAAAGUUAUUCCUGGAACAGUACAGUCGUGUUCAAGAUUAUUAAAAGAAGGAAAUUAUUUGGCAAUAUCCCCUGGUGGCGUGUAUGAAGCGCAGUUUAGCACUAAUUAUGAGUUAAUGUGGAAGAGGAGAUUAGGAUUUGCGAAAGCAGCGUUAGACUCAAAAGCACCAGUGGUGCCUAUAUUUACUGAAAAUAUUAGAGAGGCAUUCCGAGCAGUUAGCAUAGGCAGAAGAAUAUUUCUUAAAUUAUAUUCUUGGACUAGAAUUCCUUUUGCUCCUUUGUAUGGGGGAUUUCCAGUAAAAAUGAUAACGCAUAUUGGAAAACCAAUAUAUUACGAUCCAGAUUUAACAGCAGAAGAUUUACAAAAACGGGUUUUAAGUUCUCUGCAAGAUCUAAUAGCAACACAUCAAAGGAUACCUGGCAAUAUUUUGUUGUCCAUACUGGAAAGGAUACCAUAUUUGAGAAGAAAACUUCAUCAUGAUUCAUCAGAUAAUCACAACGACUAACUACUUCCAGCUUAUUAAAUAAACUUUACACCGAAUUUGGUGCUCAUCAAAGGUAUUCUCUUUUUUGUUUCAGUAUUAUAUUCAGCCAUAAUACAUAGUAAACUUUAUAGAUGUAUUUUAUGUACUUAAUUUAUGUACAUACGUUUUAAUUUUUUUUGUACGAUAUGCCAGUUUUGUUAAUUUUUUAAUGAAAUAAUGGAUGUUAUUCAUUAUAUACUUAUAUGUACCGUAUGAUCGAAAAAAACGGCGUCCAGUUGGCUUGGAAACGAACAUCGAUGACAUUCCCCAUAUAAUUUUACAUAUAAAAUGACAGCGAUCUUUAUUUCAUAGCCAUCGCUGACGUCGUUGUUUCCAUCCUACGGUAUUAAUUUAUGUAAUUAUUUCAAAGUAUAUUUCUGACUUUACGAAUAAAUAUAUUUGUUUGUAC